UGUUAUCAGUGUGAGUGCGGCGUCCGUGCGCUCGGCCUCCAGCAUCCUCUGUGUAGACAUGAGUCCAGAGGUGGCAGCAGUGUGCUUGCUGGUCACGACCUGUUCGGCCCUCACAGAUUACAACAAUGGGAUCUUGUCAGAGGAAAUGGUCGGACCGUGUGCCGACUUCCGGUUGGGAGAGGAUGACCUCCAGGCUUUUGAUUUCAUUCGGAAGUUCCGGUUGGACACUCUCCACCUGAGGUAUCCUGGAGUCUCCAGAGUCCGCGGGUCCAACCGUCUACAAGUAGCCUACAGACUUGAGAGGGAUUGCGAUUUGGUGCUUCCCACCAGAGAGAUCUUUCCCUUCGGCCUUCCUGCCCAGUUCUCCUUCAUCUCGACUUUCAGGACCAGAAAAAUAACAAAGAGCCCUUGGCACAUCCUGAGGAUUACUGAUCUUCAGAAUAAACCCCAGUUCGUGGUCAACCUCAACCCUAGGAGAGAGGCCGUGGAGCUCUCCUUAGUCGACUUUGAUGGGAAUCUGCAGACUUUGGUGUUCACAAAAGCUCAGAUAUUCGAUAAAAAUUGGCAUAAGAUCCACUUUGGAGUGUUUCCUGAUAGAGUGGUUCUCUACGCGGACUGCACCCAACUGUCGACGGAGAAGAUUGAGCGGAGGGGGCCAAUUGAUAUCAACGGGAACAUCACCGUGGCCAGGCAGGCAGCCAGUCGUUAUACCGUACCGAUUGAUCUACAAUGGAUGUUGUUGAGCUGUGACCCUACCAGACCUAACAGAGAGACCUGCGAUGAACUUCCUGUCGGGAGACAAAAUCAAUUCCAAGUGAGACCACCUACCUCGGUAGUGACAGCAAGGCCCUGUGAGACAGUUUGCCCCCCAGGCCCCCCCGGUAUUGCGGGCCCAAGAGGACCUCAAGGAGCACGAGGGGAAAUGGGAUUCCCAGGUAUUCGAGGAAGAGACGCUCUUCCAGGACAAAGGGGAUUACCUGGUGUGCCCGGUGGACGGGGUCCAAUAGGUCCGAUAGGGCCUACAGGAAUUCCAGGAAUUCCUGGACUUCCUGGAGAAAAAGGUAACACUGGAGAGCCAGGUUAUGCGGGACUCAAGGGUGAGAAAGGAAACCAAGGGGAGCGAGGCCUUCCUGGGAUUCCUGGGGUAGGAACUGGAUUUGUUGGGAACAUCACUGGACUUCCUGGACCUCAGGGUCCUCAAGGGCUGACAGGGGCCAAGGGAGAACCCGGGCCUCAAGGAAUUACAGGCCUCAAGGGAGAGAAAGGAGACAGGGGAGACAUUGGACCUCAAGGAUUAGAAGGUCCUCAGGGCCUGCCUGGUCCUCCGGGGGCCAGUGUUAGCUCCGAGGGGCAAGUGAUAUCAGGGGCUCCUGGGCAGAUUGGUCUACCGGGACCUAGGGGUGCUAAGGGGGAACCGGGAGAGGUCGGAGACCAAGGUCCUCCAGGAGAAAAAGGAGAGAGAGGUGAGACAGGAAUAGCGGGGGAUAAAGGAGAGAGGGGGGAGCCUGGAGAAGAGGGUCCUGAAGGACCACAAGGACUUAGUGGAAUAGCAGGAUCUCCUGGAUUGCCCGGACUGCAGGGUGCUCGAGGACUAACAGGAGCGCCUGGACCAGCAGGGCCCCCAGGCCUGAUCGGAGAGCAGGGUCCAAGGGGAGAACCGGGGUUGGAUGGUAGUCCGGGACUUCCAGGAUCAGCGUCAGCAGCAGGAGACCCCGGACCCCCAGGUUCUCCGGGACAGCCAGGAGCGGACGGGCCCCCAGGCCCCCGGGGAGAGAGAGGGGAACCUGGCACCUCGGGAGUCCCAGGCCCUCCUGGAAUUCCGGGAAGCGAGGGCCCUGCAGGGCUCGAGGGGAGGGUGGGCUCACCAGGUGAGAAAGGGGAACCUGGACCUAGAGGACCAACAGGAAUUCAAGGUACUCCAGGAAAACCAGGUCCAGAAGGACCCCAAGGUCCCGAAGGAGUGAAAGGGGAUACAGGAGAGCCAGGAGAGCAGGGGCCUAUGGGACCUAGGGGUCUUCCGGGAGUAAUGGGUUCACCUGGGCUGCCUGGGGCACCAGGGAACAUUGGGGCUCCUGGUCCUGAGGGUCGACCUGGCUCUGCGGGCUCUCCUGGACCACCGGGACCCCCCGGGGACUCCAUUAACAGCUAUACAGUGAGCGAAGGAGGUGGGGGUAUGCCCGGGGCAACUGGCCCCCGCGGACCUUCCGGUCCACCUGGUGUGCCAGGAGAACGAGGAGCAGGAGGAGAGAGAGGUCCCGAAGGACCAGCAGGACUGCCAGGCGUUCCUGGCAAGGAAGGUCCUCCAGGAAUACCAGGACCUCAGGGCCAAAGAGGACAACCAGGACUCAAUGGCCAACAAGGCGUUCCGGGCCGUACCUACUCCGAGGCAGAAAUAAGGGACAUUUGUGCGUCUGUGCUUAGAGAGCAACUAAGUGAACUAAGCCAGACAAUGGAGGGACCACCAGGACCUCCUGGCCGCAGCAAGCCGGGCCCACCUGGCUCCCCGGGCCCUCAAGGCCCCCCAGGAGAUCCAGGUCUACCAGGAUUACCAGGAGAGAGGGGAUUCACAGGUAUGCCAGGUCCACCAGGACCCUCAGGAUCCGAAGGAGCAAAGGGGGAGAGAGGUGACAGAGGAGAAAGAGGGCCUGAGGGGAUUGGAAGGGAGGGACCCAUCGGACCUAGAGGACCUGUUGGACCACCUGGACCACCUGGUGUAGGAACACAAGGGCGAGCUGGAGACAGAGGAGAACCAGGCCGAACUGGUCUUCCUGGGCAAAGGGGUCCUCCCGGUAAUCAAGGACCUCCAGGAUUCUGUGAGUUCUGUAACUACCAAGGAGUUAGUUAUGCGCAAGGAUAUGCUGCACGACCCGGGGGCAACACCAAGGGUCCUUGAGUACUCUGGGCAAAAAGAGCGAUAGAUAAUAGAAAGGAAAAGAAACAAUUUUAAGUGCUAUAAUUAUAAGCUUUAUCACUGCCAAUUACUUUAUAUUAGAAUAAAACUUUAAGGAAGUAUGAAAGGCGAUAAAAAGGUAUGUCAUCUGUUAUUGAUGUUUUAAUGAAAAUGUAAACAUAUAUUAGGGCGUUCAAAAUAUUUGGGUUUUGAACUAAGCAUUUGAAAUACAGUUUUUCCUUUAUGAUACAUUUAUACAAACCAAAACCGUAAAAUGUUUUGCACAAAUGCGCUUUUGACUUUUAGACAUUUGAAGUGAAAAGUGAAAAUGGGCUCUUUGAAAAAAGUGUAUUUGGAAGAAGAUAUAAUAGAAAGAAUAAUAUUCUGAAUGAUUAUUCACAUUGCAAGCAACAUAAAAAUGCAAGUUUUGAAGUCAGCUAAGGAAUUAAUUGUAUUAUUUAAACACUAAAGCUUGUAAUUUUCUGAAUAUGUCUACUUAAAUUUAUUUGAAGUCAAGUAGUGUGCAUACUAGUACAGACAAACAAUUUCCUACGGAAUCACCGUUUUUAACUGCCUUUACCUCCACACACCAAAACCGUAAAUGUACAAAAAAGUCGGUCUCAAUGUACAAAAUAUAUUUCCCAAGUUUCAAUGUUACUAAAAAAAUACCAUAAGAUCUAUUUUUUGUUAGAUCUUAUUUUGUUAUUGACCUAACCUAUAUCAUUUAAUAGCAUUUAUUCAUCUUAUUUGCAAUUUAAAAAUAAUUAUUUUACAAAAGUUCCACUUCUAGAAAGCAUCCUCUUUCAUCCAUAUUUUCGUAACGUUCCGCAAGAAUGAAAUUGUUUUGCUUAGACGGCUUUAUGGAAAUAUAUUUGGGUUGUUUUUAUAUUUUAUUAAGAGUAAUAUAACAUAUUGAAAUUUAAAUGAGAAUGUUUACAAAAAUACGUAACAUUUUAUUACUUUAUUACGAGUAAUAAUUUUUAUUUAUGCCUUUUACCUCGUUUAAUAUGAUGAAAGUACAGUUCAUAAACGAUUACAUGCAGUUUUUCUAUUCUUUAUAAAUUUAGUCUGUUCUAUUCCAUAGAUUUUAUCGUUUUUUCGUCCUUGAUCUACUAACAAUUUGAAUUGAAUUUAAAACGCAAGAAAUUCUAGUUUAGUAAAAAUGUGUUGCGUAAUUGUGAAAGGGAUUUAUUUACUAACAGUUGAGACGUUAUUGGAUUACGGGAUUUACUUCCCCAGUGCUGUGAGGAAUAAAAAUUUAAAGUCUUGUAUAUUACAUUUUGUUGAAAGACCUAAUCAAACUUUAGUGUAAGAUUUGUACAAAAUAGUUUUUAACUCUACUUAGAAACUCCUAGAAUUUACAAACAUAUAUUAUUAAUAGGAAUAAAACUCUCAUCUACUGGAGUACUUAUGCUACUUAUCUGAUAGUAAUCCUGAUACAUUUUAUGUCAAUCUCAAGUCUUAUGUCUGGAUAUAAAAUGCAUUGUUAAUGUUUUACUUGAGAAAACUGCCGUAUAAUAUUAAAAUUACAUUUAAUAUAAGCUGUUAUAUGACUAGGUUUUACAGUAUUACGAGUUUAAAAUUCUAGUUAAAAAAUACAAAUAAAAUACUUGAAGUAAUGCAGUAUGAAGUAUUCGUUAAAAUUAAUUGUAAGUGAUAUGUACAUAGUAAUAGAGUUAGAUAAUGUAGUUUGCUCAUACAGAAGGAUAUUGAUAUACAUUUGUUUCAUCUUGUACUUAUUGUAAUAUACAAAGUUUAUGAAGAUAAGAAAAUAUUUUAAGUUUAUUAGAAAUAGUAAGUGGAAAUUACAAUUGUUAUACAGUAA